UCACGUUAUGUGCUGUGCGACUCGUCUGGAAAUGGCUGGAAGCAUCCGAGGACCCGAACAGAGGAUCGUCCUUGUGGGCAAAACCGGAAGUGGGAAAAGUGCAACGGGAAACACAAUUCUGGGAAGCAACGUCUUUCAAAGUUCGAUGUCAUAUAAAUCAGUAACAAAAGUAUGUCAAAAGGAGGACACACAGCUGAACAGCAGGAAGGUUGUGGUUGUUGAUACGCCUGGCUUUUUCAAUACCUGUCAUCCACAGAAGGAUAUUGCUGCAGAAGUGAGAAACUGCGUGAAGUUUUGCUCCCCGGGUCCCCACGUCAUUCUGCAUGUGAUACGUAUUGGUCGUUUCAGCCAGGAGGAGGAGGAGGAGGCUCAGCUGAUCAAAGAGAUUUUUGGCUUUCAAGCCAAAAAUUACAUCAUUCUUUUGUUCACCCGCAAAGAUGACCUGGAAGGUAAAUCUAUUGAAAAUUUCAUAUCUGCCCAUUAUGGAAACAAGAAAUAUGUUGCUAGAUGUGGGAACCGGUUCCUGGCUUUCAACAACAAGGCCGAAGGGGCGGAACGAGAGGCUCAAGUGGCCGAACUGAUGACCAUGAUUGAUCGUCUGGUGGAAAUGAACAGAGACGUUCCUUAUUACACGGAAGAGAUGAUGAACAUCAACAAAAGACGCAAGUUCUGAUUUUUUCUCCCUU